AUGGCUACCGGUGGAGGCUUGGGCGAAAUUUUCGUUAACCAUGAUGCUCGUAUGAAUAUAAAUGGUGAACAUGCUGUACCGCAGCUUAUUGAAGCUCAUAAACGCAAUAAACUUUUAACAAAUUUAAUGUUGGCUGCAAGUGGAAUUGGAGGAAUUCUCUCGUAUCAACAUACAAAAGACACCUAUUGGUUAGCUGGAGCAGGAUUAAUGUUGGCUGGCAUACCCUAUUGUGCAUUAGUUGAAAAUCCUGUAUGUGAUCAACUUAAAUUUUUUACAUUAGAUGCUAAAUCGGAAAAAGCAAAAAAUUUAUUAGCAUCAUGGGGACAAAUUUCUUUGGGCAAACUUGCAUUAGCAGUGGGUGGAUCCGUCGUUUUUUAUUUUGUUGCUCGACGUUAA